UGUCCGGGACCGGAAGCAUCCGGAUCCGGGUCAAUGUGAGUCUGUUUGUGUGCGUGAAGCAGGACCUGAACCGGCUCCAUGAUCCUCAGAGUCCUACAGAGGCUGAACCCGGACCCGGCCGCGGUCUGUGGGUCCAGCUGGUGCCGGAUCCUGUCGACCUGCAGUAGAGUCCUGCAGCAACGGACCGGGCCGGGGUCCGGGUCGGGCAGGGUCGGUAUGAAUGUGUUCAACAGGGAGAUGAAGAGGAGGCAGAAGGACUGGUCUUCAUCUCUGACGGACUGGGGACAGUACGACUACCUGAGGGAGGAGGUUGGUAGUCAUGUGGCAGAUCGGGUUUAUGAUGUUGCACGGACGUUUCCUCUUGCUUUGGACAUCAGCGGUGGUAGAAGUUACAUAGCAGAGCAUCUAAGUAAGGACAUCGUGGAGCGUUUGUUCCUCACAGACAUUUCUGAGAAAUCUCUGAAACAGAGAAGACAGAGCGAGAUCCCGACAAAAUGCAUUCUGGCUGACGAGGAGUUUCUGCCUUUUAAAGAAAACACUUUUGAUUUGGUUGUGAGCAGCAUGAGUUUGCAUUGGAUCAACGACCUGCCUGGAGCUCUCAGACAGAUCCACCAGGUGCUGAAGCCUGAUGGGGUGUUCAUCGGAGCGAUGGCGGGCGGGGAAACGCUGUACGAGCUGCGAUGUUCACUCCAGCUCGCCGAGACUGAGAGGGAAGGCGGGUUCUCGCCCCACGUGUCGCCCUACACGGCUGUCACCGACCUGGGCAACCUGCUGGGACAGGCUGGCUUCAGCAUGCUGACAGUGGACAUCGAUGAAGUUCAGGUUCAUUAUCCAGGAAUCAUGGAGGUCAUGAGGGAUUUGCAAGGAAUGGGUGAAAGUAACUGUGCCUGGAACCGGAGGUCAAUGUUACACAGAGACACUAUAUUAGCAGCAGCCGCCAUUUAUAAAGAGAUGUAUGGCGCAGAGGAUGGGUCCGUUCCCGCCACCUUCGACAUCCUUUACAUGAUUGGCUGGAAGCCUCAUGAGUCACAGGCCAAACCAGCGAAGCGAGGUUCAGCCACUGUGUCCUUCGGAGAUUUAUCAAAGAUCAGUCAACCAACCAACACCGACAAAACAUAGAUGCGUCUGAACGGCUAGAAAUAAAAUAUGUUUUGUAGAAUGUGAACACUGUAUUAUAAUAUUAUUCUUAUCAAGUAAAGCUCAGAAAUAAACCUGCAC